UUUAUAUACAUUCAUAUAUAUUAGUUGAGCACGAAACCUUGAAGUGUAGCCAGGACAUUUCCUCGAAACUAUGGGCGGCCAUGUAGCUUCAAUAUCUUAUAAAUUAUAUCACUGAACAUAGGUCAAGGUGUAUUCAGUAAACAAAGAUCUGAAGGGCUGUAUUUCCACCAUCAAACACUGUGCGUUCAUCACAGUUUGUGACGGAUUACGGAUACGAACGAACUAGCACUUGUUUGGCAGAUUAAUGUGACGUGAUGGAGAUGUUGUCACAGAGACAAGUUACAUUCUUUCUGCUGGUCUGCUUCAGCGCCAUCUUAGUCAACGAUGCGGCCAUUACAAGUACGUCCUGCCCUGAAGUAGCAUGCCUUGGCCAGCCGUUCAACAUCACUUGUGACAUCACAGGGGUGUACGAGACAAUUGGGUUUUCCCGGCCAGAUGCUCUUGAAGUAACAACGUGCCUGGCCGAUGAGGACAAAUGCUAUGUUAAUGUUGAUAAUUAUGAGAUUGUGUUUCGGUCUCCUGAAAAGCAUAUUCUUCGUAUCAAGAAGUUUUCAAAGAAGGAUAUUGGAAUGUGGAAUUGUCGAGAUGGAGACAACCCUCUCUUGAAGACUUGUCGCGUGGAUGGUUAUGAUGUAAAACAGUCCCCAACACCCACUACUUCAGGUUGUAUUUCUCUUAACAAAGCUGGAUUUCGACCGAGUACAUUGUGUAGAGGUUUUAAAGAGGAUCCAAAUGUCAACAUCACAAUAAGGGUGGCCAACCUGCCCUUCACCUUCACGUAUGACCAGUACAAUCAGAAUGAUAUUGUGACUCUCCCCCACAUCCCGAAAGGUGGAGAUGUAGAAUGCAGAGUCACUGGGCCAGCCUCUCUGUGCUACACUGCCUCCAUGCCAUACGAGAACAAAAUCUGUCCAGCUCACGGUCCAACUCCACCUUCUCCAUGGUUUUACGUUAGUAUUGGCUUUGCAGUUCUACUUGUACUGGUCCUCGUCGGCCUCGUGGUUGAUUGGGUGUACUUCAGGCCAAGGGAUAAGGGCGCAACUCACUCCGAGAAGGUCAAAUUGUGGUCCACGAACGCCUAUACAACAACUGGGGAGUACAUAUAACCUCAGACUUUCAACAAACUUUUAAGCUUAAUUGUCCUGAAUUUCGUAGUUUUACACCUCCCUGACUUGUGGCACGCCUUGGAUAAACUUAUUAACAUGAAUCUGGAGGUCACUAGUGUAAACAUAUAGAAAUGCACUUUUGGUAAGCAAUAAUACAAAAGACAAUCCACUUCAAAACGAAAUAAUACAGCUAGUUUAUGAUGACUUUAAAACACAUUCAUGCUGCUGUAUCUCGCACACUAAAUGAGUAAAUCACGAACCAUGUUGUGUUGCCUUCUCGACAAGCAUUUUCUCCUGUAAGCAAACAUUUUUUCUCAAUUUUGCUUCGUAUGUAUUGUACAAUAACACUGUGAUAUCUCGCUUUGUAUAUCAGCAACAUUACUUACAAUUUGUAGGUGUUUUAUAAUGCAAGGUCUAGCUCGUACUGUCUCCGGUAUAGUGUGUUGUUUUCGUCUGUCCUGUAAGCGACAUAUGUAACUUAAUAGCACUUCAUGUCCCAGUUCAACACCACCUACAAGUUUUGUGGGUGCGUUAUAUUGCAAUGUCUAGCUCGUACCUUCUCUUUUCGUCCGUACUGUAAGUGACGAGAAGUGGCUGCUUGUAUCAUGCGCAACACCUAUAUGCGCAUGUACAACACCGUCAUGCGCAUGCACAAGUCUUUCCUUUGUUCUGCUGCUUUGUUCUCGGCCAUUUUGACCGCCUCCGUGGUCUAGUGGUAGAGCGUCUACCUGGAGAGCAAAAGGUCCAGGGUUCGAUUCCCGUCCGCGUCAUACCAAAAGACGUUAAAAGAUUGUACUUGUUGUUACCCCGUCUGGUGCUCGGCAUUUAGGGUCUGAAACAAGGACUGGUCGGCUCGAAGUAAAUAUACUGUGUCUGAUUGGGGUAUUCAUGUAAAACUGCGGAAUGGUUUCUCAGUGAGCUAGCACUAUAAAUCUGCAUCAGUCCGGACAAGUACAAGCAGCCACAUACACACACAUGUGCAUGCACGUCGCUAUACAAGUGCAAUAAUCUUGGACGUGAUGUUAAACCCCAUUUCACCUCACCUCAUAUCAAUUUCAAGCGCUUCAAAAGCUUCCCACCUCCUGCCUCCCUUACUACACCAUCCCUUACUACACCAUCCUUGUCUCAUUACAGGCAACCAUGUAUACUGUAACGAUGUUCGUGUGUGUACCCAGUUGAUGGUGUCUGACACACCCUUACAGUGCAAGCAUUGACUUUUACCUUUGACGUAUCUGUGUCUUCAGAAAAACAAAUUACACCAAUUUUAGUUAUUAUAUUUAACAAAAAUUUUGAGAGUGGUAACUUUCUAGAUGUGUUGGGAAAAAGUAUCAUCUGUCCUCUGUUCAAGUCUGGUGAUAUGAAUGAUGCCUACAAUUAUAGAGGUAUAUCACUCAUUGAUACCAUAUGCAAAGUGUUUACAUCUAUUCUUAAUGCUAGACUACAGAGGUGGUGUGAUGAUAACAAUAUCAUUGACGAAUCUCAAGCUGGAUUUAGACCCAACUAUUCCACAACAGAUCAUAUAUUUUCACUACAGGCCAUUAUCCAAAAGUAUGCAUGUAAAAAGAAAGAAAGGUUCUACUGCUUAUUUGUAGAUUUCUCAAAAGCUUUUGAGAAUGUGGAUCACAAUAUGUUGUUACAGAGUUUGGCUGAUAUUGGUGUCUGCGGAAAGUUUUUGUCUAUUAUAACAUCAAUGUACGAUAAACUGUGUGCCUGUGUUAGAACACCUGCUGGAUUAUCCAAAUACUUUAAGUGUAAUAUAGGUACCCGUCAAGGAUGCAUCCUCAGCCCUCAGAUGUUUUUAAUAUUCAUAAAUAAACUUGUAAAUUUUAUGGAAAAUUAUGGAGGACAAACCGUCUUUAUUACUAAAGACUGCCCAGCAAUAUAUGCACUUAUGUUUGCUGAUGAUGUGUCAUAUAUUGCUGAUACACUUUUAAAUUUACAAAAGAAGACCAAUGCCUUGGAACAUUUUUGCAAUACCACAGGUAUGAAGGGUAAACUUGAAAAAAACUAAAGUUAUGGUAUUCAGAAAUGGCGGACCCCUUAGACAUUAUGAAAAAUGGAAAUUUAAUAGUGUAUAUAUUGAAACUAUGUCGUUUUAUAGAUAUUUGGGUAUUGUGUUCACACCCAAACUUGUUUGGACUAAGGCACUAAAUACUCUUGCUGCACAGAGUAACAAGGCCAUUCUGACAUUAUAUAGAUAUCAAAAGAAAGUUGGUAAUAUACCCUGUCAAGAUUUAUUUAAGAUAGUUGAUGCUAUGAUUGUGCCUAUUGUCUGUUACGGCGCAGAAAUAUGGGUCAUCUCAUAUUGUAAAGUGAUUGAAGAUGUACAGAAUAAAAUGUUUAAAUGGUUUCUAAACACAGGUAAAACAACAAACAAUGCAAUGGUUUUAAAAGAGUGCGGAAGAGCCCCUCUCCAACAUGUGUAUACCACAAGGGACAUCAAGUAUUGGUGCAGGCUACUGCGUUUGGACGAGCACAGACUGCCUCGCCAAUGCUAUUUAAUGCUCAAAUCACUGGACCAUUCUGGUCGCACCACAUGGGCUACUCACAUUAAGAAUAUUUUGUUUAAAUUAGGUUUUGGAUAUGUAUGGUUAACACAAGAUGUUGGCAAUGUGAAGAUAUUUAUUCAUCUUUUUAAGCGAAGAUUAUUUGAUAACCUUCAACAAUCAUGGUGUAGUUCUAUCAAUAGUAUAUCUGAUAACUUUUAUUAUACUCCCGUUCACAAAGUAAAUCGGGGGUAUAUAGCGUUCCGUUCGUUCUUCCGUCC